UCCUUUAUUUCUCUUUUUCAAAUCAUUACUUCUUUAUAUAUUUUUCUCCCCAACUUUCCAUCUAAAAAACAAAACUUUCUCCAGAAAAUUUCUCAUUUUCUCAGAAAAUCCCAAAACCCACAAAAAUGGCGAUGGUGAAAGUGAACUCUUUCACCAUUCUAUUGAUCUCUUCGAUUUUCCUCAUCGGAGCGGCAGUUGCGGCAGCUACUGGGGCCCACGAGCUCGGCUUUUACCCAAUGACGCUGUCCAUGACGUCAUCGACCUAUGAAGGUUCGAUCGGUGAGUUGUUGGCCGAAAACGGAAGCGACGAGGAGUUUUCGAUGGAGUCGGAGAGCACCCGGCGCAUUUUAGCGUACCGUAGGAGAUACAUUAGCUACGGUGCGCUGAGCAGGAACAGAGUUCCGUGUUCGAGAAGAGGUGCUUCGUACUACAAUUGCCGUCCCGGAGCUCAGGCGAAUCCUUACCGACGUGGAUGCAGUGCCAUCACGCGCUGCCGCCGUUAAACAAAACAGUAAAGUUUAAAAUUUACUGUAUUUAAUAUUUUUUACUGCGCACUGGUAAAAGUUAAAAUUCUUUUUGAGGUUUGUACUAUUGUGAUCUGUUAUCGAGGAUGGUUUGUGGCAUAAAGUAAGGCGUAUUAUUAAUUGUAUUUGGGAAUUAUGGUAGAGAACAUUCUUGUAGGUUUUGUAUGAUGUUGUAAUAUUAAUUUAUCAUUCCACUUAAUAUAUUUAUUUGAAUAAUGUUUUAGCA